AUGCCAGUUCAAGUGCAGAGCGACUUGCUUGGCAGAGAGUACCAGCUGCGUAAGUCGGUGCUACACCGAGACGGCCCCGUGAAGCCCCGUAGCAAGCCCGUGACGCCCGACGUCAAACGCAAACCGCUCGUGAAAAGCCGACUGGCCAUGGUGGCCAAGAACGAAAGCCUCAAGAAGGCACGCCGCCUCCCGAGCGACGAGACCGUCUUCUACUCGAAUAUAUGGUCGCCUCCAGCGACUGCGCGCGAUGAUCCUGUCGCCAAGAAGUCGAAACAGCUCGUGGACAUCAGCCAGGUAGCGCACGUUCUGACAACCAUCGACUACAAGAGCGGCUACGACGGGCCGAGCGACGCCGAGUUCUUCAACAUCUGGGCGUCCUUGGAGUCGCAGCAGAACGCCAUCGCCGCGAAGACCGCCAUGUUGAGCAAGACGCAACAAAGCGCCAGCAACUUGUCCACGCCCAUUUCCGAGCACAGCAGCGAGGAGAGUUCGUCAGUGGUUACCUCGUCCGUGUUGAGUCUUGGCCCCCUGCGGAUGGAUGCCAACACGCUCCGGAAAGAGUUUGCGGCGGACGAUUUCUCGAAUGUGAUGAGCGCGCCGGUGUCAGCGCCCGCGCACAAGAAGGAGAACGUCGUGUUUUCGACCGUGCUGACACGGAACAACGAAGUGGACAUGAGCUGGAACUCGCAGUUCUUACUGGGACUGCACGAGCCUGUUCGUCAUGCACUGUACGUUAUCGACCAGUUCUUGGAGCGCAGCCGCAACUUGACGUCGCCGAUGAACUGGAACGUGUCGGAGUUUUUCAGCUGGUUCAAGCUGCACUUCAUCGAAUUUGUUCGGAACCAGCGUGACGUGAAAAUGAAGGUCAUUCUACCGCUUGUGGUUAUCAAGUUCGUGGAGAAGCGCGAUAUCGUGGCCUUGUACCAGGCCAUUUUCGCGCUUGUGGAUGUGAUUAUCGCGCAGGAAGACGAUUUGGUGUUUUCUGCGGCGUCGUCUGCGGACUCUUGGCAAACUCGCUUGGGCAUGCUGCAAGACGACAUUCGCCGUCUCAACCAUUUGCUCUUUAACGUCCUGGGGCUGGAGGAGGAAGCUUUUAAGCCAGCCAUUGAGCUCGCGUUUUCGGAGACUGCGUUCCAGAGAUAUGUGAUGCCGCGAGUCUUUCGCGCGACGAAGCCCAAGCGAGUCAUGGUGCCUUGGAUCGUAGAGCGGAGUCGUGUUUGGGGAGGAACCAAAGUCGCGAAGGCGUAUAAGGACGAUCUAUCGUUCACGGCUCGAUUCAUGUAUGACCACGUGUGGCACCCAUACUUCGACACGCACAUCGCAUCAGCUAUGAAGCAUUUGGACAAUGCGGGUGAAGGCGUGACAGCGAACGGCUCGGAGGAGUCGUGGUUCGGUUGCUCGGUGAUGUAA